AACCUAACAGAAGCAACCGAAUAUCCCCUCGCCUUUCAACUCGUCUUCCUCCUCAUGUCGUCGCCUCCUAUCCCUCUAUAUCUUCUAUUCUAAGCCACCUCGAUCGGACCCUAGAUAGAUGCAAGAAAAGAAAAGAGAAGAGCCUCUGUGGAUAGUGGUGGGUGCUGGAUCACUGGGCGGAGCAGCUUCUCAUAUCGGAUCGAUCGAUUAAUUAAUAUAUACUAUAAACAUACAAUCAAUUACAUACAUAUACGCCAAGAGAAGAGGAACGCCGGCCCGUUUCACUUGUCUCCUUCCUCCGAUCCCUCCCGGCGGCCGGCCGGGCUCGGGCGUUUUUCCCCUUUUGUUUCCCAUGGAGGACGCCAAGAUGGGGAACGGCGCCACCAUCCGCGCGGUGCUCGCCAUCCUCCAGUGGUGGGGAUUCAACGUCACCGUCAUCAUCAUCAACAAGUGGAUCUUCCAGAAACUGGAGUUCAAGUUCCCCCUGACGGUGUCGUGCGUCCACUUCAUAUGUUCCUCCAUCGGAGCCUACAUCGCGAUCAAAGUCCUGAGAACGAAGCCGCUGAUCGAGGUGGCCUCGGAGGACCGGUGGAGGAGGAUAUUCCCCAUGUCGUUGGUGUUCUGCGUCAACAUCGUGCUGGGGAACGUGAGCCUGAGGUACAUACCAGUGUCAUUCAUGCAGACGAUCAAGUCGUUCACUCCGGCAACGACAGUGGUUCUUCAGUGGCUGGUUUGGAGGAAAUACUUUGAGUGGCGCAUCUGGGCGUCCUUGGUGCCCAUCGUUGGAGGAAUCCUUGUCACCUCCGUGACGGAGCUGAGCUUCAACACGGCUGGCUUCUGCGCCGCGCUGGUGGGGUGCCUGGCCACGUCCACCAAGACCAUCCUGGCAGAGUCGCUGCUCCACGGCUACAAGUUCGACAGCAUCAACACGGUGUACUACAUGGCUCCGCUGGCCACGCUGAUCCUGUCGGUGCCGGCCGUGGCGCUGGAGGGCGGCGCCGUGCUGGGGUGGCUGCGGACGCACGAGUCCGUGGGACCGGCGCUGGCGGUCGUCGUCACCUCCGGGGUGCUGGCCUUCUGCCUCAACUUCUCCAUCUUCUACGUCAUCCACUCCACGACGGCAGUCACCUUCAACGUGGCCGGCAACCUCAAGGUGGCCGUGGCGGUGCUGGCGUCCUGGAUGGUGUUCCGGAACCCCAUCUCCGCCAUGAACGCACUCGGCUGCGGCGUCACGCUCGUCGGAUGCACCUUCUACGGCUACGUCAGGCACCGACUCUCGCAGAACCAGGCGCCCAGAGCCCGCUUGGAGAUGCUGCCGCUCACCGCCGUCGACAAGCAAGGCGACAAGAUAUAAAAAGUCUUUUCGAAUAAACCAUCUGAUUCUUUCUGAUCCACCUAGCCUAACCGCCGAUCGAGAAUGCAUCCACCAUCAGAGAUGACAGGAAAUUAUUUUUUGUUGGCAGCCAGAUUUUGAUAAUGAGUCAGUUCAGUUGUUGCUUAAAGAGAAAUGUCAUGAGGUCUAUAAAGUCUUUUGGAAUGA